AAUAGAAUUCCCGUAUGGAAAUUUAUUUUAUUACAUGAACAUAUUCAACUUCUGCAUUUCCUAUUCGGUUCUGUGCUUCUAGUAGUGACUGUGGACAUUUGGGAACAGAGCUCAUCCAGGAUUGAUGCUCCUCCCAGCAAUUGGCUUGGGACUAGUAUAUCACAGAGUUCUCCGUUCAGCAAGCUUAUGCUUGAGCAGAAGUAUUCACAGGUGCAAUUGUCUGGAUAUUCAAUCAUAGAGAACCUGCCCGAUCUUGACUACAAAACUCUUGAAUGCAAGGAUUCCUACUUUGAAGAUAAUUCCAGUGUUAGGUCCAGUUCGCCACUUCGCAUAGGUAAUUCUAAUGACGUUAAAAGAGUAAGAGAUUCCGUGCUUGAAUUGCUUAGACUGGGAAAGGAUGACACUCUUAAAAAUUGUUUCCAGGAUAAAGAAGAUGAGACUGAGGAAUACAUAUUGGAAAAGAAAUGGUACAAAUUCUGUGGGGGAUCAGUGUGGCUAGACAAGUUCCAAGUUCAUUACUACACUAAUAGAAUUGUAUACUCUAAUUUUAGUAGAGCAGAUAAACCUAAUAUGCUGUUGGUGUAUAUUCAAAUCUUCGAUAAGAAUUGGAAUGAAAUCGAAGGGUAUAAAUUCGACAAUUCUGAUAUAACAUAUCCUUGCAUCUUACCUAUCAAGAAUACCGUCGUUAGUUCUCUGAAAAAUUUGGGAAUUGAAGACCCACGAAUUUUGCUUCGUACCUUUCAGAAUGAAACUACUAGACAAAUGGAGCAGGAACCUGUUAUUGUAUAUAAUUCAAAGCAUGAGGGUAUUAAGAGACGAGUCUUUGUAUAUAGACCUUUCCAGAAUGCUCAUUCUGACAUUAUGUUGAAAUCCAAUAGCUUCAAAUUGAGAAACACAGAAAAGAAUUGGGCUCCCUUCUUUGACACUGACAAUCCUAAAGAUAUCUUCCUAAUUUACCAGUUCAGCCCUCUUGCGAUUUUGAGAUGUUCUCUUGACACUGGGAACUGCGAACUCACGGAUAAAUCACUAUCCGAUGAAAUAAACGCAGCCACAAAAAGUAAGAUGGGCAGUUUAAGAGGAGGAUCCAAUUUGAUAGAAGUCCCGCCAGCUAUCGUGCCCAAGGAGUUGAAUAGGAAGUUCUGGUUAGGCUUAGCCCGAUCAACCAAUCGUAAGACUGGAUGUCUCAAAGUUGGAUACCGCCCACAUAUAGUAAUGCUUUCAAAACCUAAACAUAAAAAUGGUCGUUUCAGGUUUGACUACGUCAGUUCGCUUCUAGACUUCAGUAUUACUCCAGAAUUGUGGGAUCCCAGAAAAAACGACUUCUGCAAGGAUGGAAAGAGUGUACUCAUACCCAAUUCGAUUGAUUCGUGGAAUUUCGUAAAAUCAAGGUUUGAGGAGUUGGGACAUGACUUAAUGACAAUUACUUUAUCACAAGCAGAUCGGUACAAUGACGUGAUAUUUGUUAGAGGAAUGUUGGAUCAUCUACGGGCAGUAUUGAAAGGAGAUGUUCGGAAGAUGAGAGACCAUUUCCAGCAAGAGAAGUCCGAGGAACAGAGUAUCUAUCUAAGUAAAUGUUCCAAUAGCUUGAGUGACAAAUAU